AUGUGGCCGCUACGGGUCUACACCCGCAAGAAGCGGCAGGCCAGUCAGAGACACAACCUAACCCCGACGCCAGACCUAGGUUCCCCCGCGAAGGCGGAGGCCCCGACUGGCCCAGGCUCACGGCGCUUGACGGUAAAAGGGAGAGCGCACGGGUUGCCGAAGAUCGCCGAGGGGAGCAGACGGGGAGGUAGCGGCUCUGGGCAGCGCAGCACUCACUUAGGAGUUACAGGAGAGAAAAGCCUGCAAGGAAAUAGCACUAGUGAAGAGAACCAGGAUGUGAAGAUUACUCCAUUGAGUGAGUCAGUGACUGAUGAUCUCCGGGUUGACAGUACUUCAUCAAAUAGUGAACUAGUAUCAGGAUUAAGCUUGCAGCAUAAUUCCAGUUCUCUUCUGAGCUGUUCAAUCACAGAUUCUUAUACAGACUAUAACAGUCUUGAAGAGAGUUCAACUAGCUUACCGUCACCUGAACUAUUCAGAGGAUCAGAUUAUUUAGACUGGGAGUGUCCCACAUUGAAAGAGCACACACAAUGGAAGAAUUCCACUCUUCUGGAUACUAGUAAAGCAGUAGCAAUAGAGAAGGCACCACAGUUUUCAAACCUCUCUGCAAUUUUAAGUACCUCUUCAGAAGACUAUCAGAAAUGCUAUAGACAAACAGUGAUGACAGUAGCAGGCCAAAAUAUUUCUCCAAAACCAAAGUGUACUUCAAAUUCAGAAUCAGAUAAUGCAGCUUGUGAAGCUUUAGUUGCUGAGAAAUCUUGCCCUUCAACUCCUGAAAAAACAACAAAAAAAAAAACAAGUUCAAGUACUUCUGAUAAGAAAAGUAGAGGUCUGUUAACAAGUACUCCAUCUUCGGAGACAGCUGAUUUUGUGGUUGAUUUGUCCUCAGUGCAAAAACCAUCUUUUGAAGAACUGUUUCCAAAUGUCAGCAACUAUGUUAAUUCAAAUGAAAUUGUUCCUGUGUCAAGUUUGCAAGAAAGUUUUUCAAAUGAG